AUGGCAAAAGCAAAAGGAGAAAGCUCUUCCACUGCCACUCCCAAACCAAGGAAGGAUUGGACUGAGGAAGAAGUUCGUGAUUUGCAAGCAGAUUUCAAGGCUAAGAAUAGCAUUUUCACAGCCCUAUCUGAACGAGAAAAAUUGAGAAUCAGUCACUGUGACACUGCCAAGCAAGCAUGGGAUCUUCUACAGACUACGUAUGAAGGAAACAAAAAGGUACGUGCACAGAAACUGCAAGCACUCAUAUUUGAAUUCGAAACCAUGACUAUGGGAGAUGAUGAAACCGUGGAUGAUUUUCAUGGUAGAAUUCUUAAAAUUUCCGGUCAAUGUAGUAGUCUGGGAGCACCUUUUGAUGAAGAUAAGAUAGUUAAAAAGAUACUCAGGGCCCUGCCAGAAAAGUUUCAUUCAAAAGUCACCAGCAUAGAGGACUCUUUUGACACUGACGAGUAUCCACUCGAUGAGCUCAUUGGAAAUCUUAAAACCUAUGAGAUGAGGCUAAAACCUGAGAAGAAAAACAAGGGUGUAGCCUUCAAGGCUGUGAAAGGAACAAAGGAGGAAGAGGAAACACCAGAUCUUGCCCUACUGACAAAGGAAUUCAAAAGAUUUCUCAAAAACAAGAACUCUUCUAGAAAUUCAAAUGCUCCGAGAAAGAAUACAUAUACCGGCAGUGGUAGCAAUAAUGACUACACCAACAAGAGUGGAAAAGGAAACUUCAAAGCAAAUCACUCAGGAAAACCUAAAUGCUAUGAAUGUGGUGGCUACGGUCACAUCUCUACUGAUUGUGGAAAUAGGAAGCAUGAAAAUAGCAACAACAAGUCUCUUCUUUCAACUUGGAGUGAUGAUGAGUCUCAAGAAAUCGACAACGUGGCUCUUGUAUCAUCACUUCUACCUGAUUCUGAUAGUGACGAGUUUUUCUAUGAUGAUGAAACAAAUGUCCGCUGCAGACAACUCUACAAAGCUUCAAAGGCAACCCUACAAAGAAACUUGAGUUUGGAAAAGGAAGUAGAUUUUCUUAAAACCGAAAAAGAAAAAAUGGAGCAAUUAUUGAAGUCUUCACAAUCUACAUGGUUACUGGAGAAAGGCAAACAUGUAAGUGAAUCAGCAGAUCUACAAGGUAACCAAGGGUUAGUGACAUGGAAGACUGAAAGGGAUGAGUACCUCAACAAGAUCAAAUUGCUGGAACUGGAAGUUAAAGGACAACAAGCAUUAAACUUGGAACUGUUGGCUAAAAAUGAGGCAUUGCAAGAGGAGUUAAAAUCGACUCAAGAAAGGUUCACCAAGUUCGAUGUAAGUUCUAUUGCCAUGUCUAAAUUGCUCGGAUCAGGAAAAGCUCCUCAUGACACUUGUGGGUUAGGAUACACUGGAGAAAAUUCCAAAUGUACCAAGUUCGUAAGAGCAUCAAGACCUUCUAUAGAAAAGAAAGAAGGCUCCACUGAUGAUUCUGUCAAAAAUGUGAAGGAAGGUCAACCGAAUCAAAACUUUCAAGUAAAACGUAAUCAAGAGUCUCCCACUGAUCAGAACAGGUACACAAACUCAAGAACUUUUAUUCCUACUUGUCAUCACUGUGGUAAGAUAGGCCAUAUCAGACCUAGGUGUCAUGAAAGAUUUUCAAACUCACAGCUUUCUCAAGAAAAAUGCACUGUUGAAUCUCUAAGUUUUGAACUUAAAGAACAAAAAGAACUCAUUAACAGAUUAACUGAAAUUGUUUCGAAGAAAAACUUUCAAACUGAAAAAAGAAAAGUCGUUUGGACCAAGAAAAAUGAAAGCAAAAGCCUUCAGUCUUACAUUGAUAAAGCUAAUAAUACAUGUCUGUUCGCUUGUGCAAACGAAACUCAACAAAACCCUCACAUUGAGGCUACUUGUUUGGUAGCCUUGACUGCAUUAGCUGACAAGAGACGAGAUUUCUGGUAUGUCGAUAGUGGCUGCUCUAGACACAUGACCGGAGACAAAACCUGGUUUACUUCAUUUAAAGAUGAAAACACAACUGGAUCAGUCACGUUCGGAGAUGGUAGGAAAGCAAAUAUUCUGGCUCGAGGUACAGUGAACACCCCAGGUAUACCUAAUCUCAAGAAUGUAUUAUUUGUUGAAGGCUUAACUGCAAAUCUGAUUAGCGUAAGCCAAUUGGCUGAUGACUAUGAAGAUGUGUGGUUUAACAAACAGAGAUGUUUGGUCUUAAAUCAGAAAGGAGAAGGUAUUAUGGGAGGUAAGAGAUCUUUUGAUAAUUGUUAUCAUAUUCAAGCUAAUGAAUCUUCCAGCUUGCAGCCUUGUUUGUCUGUAAAAACCACAGAGGAAACCUUUGAGCUUUGGCAAAAAAAGAUGGGACAUGUAAACUAUCAGGACUUGCUGAAAUUAUCUUCCAAGCAAUGUGUCCGAGGCUUACCAAAUUUAAAGGGCAAAACUGAUAAGAUAUGUGGAGAUUGUAAAAUUGGAAAGCAAACCAAGGCUCCUCACAAAGUGGUGAAUUCUGCAACAACCUCAAACGUAUUGGAACUGUUACACAUGGAUCUCAUGGGACCAGCUCAAUCUGAAAGUAUUGGAGGUAAGAGCUACAUGCUAGUAGUUGUAGAUGAUUUCUCAAGAUACACCUGGGUAAAUUUCUUAAAAGACAAGACUGAAACGUUUGAGUCUUUUAAAAAUUUAAGUCAAAAUUUGAUCAUUGAAAAGCAGUCAUCAAAUACUAGCAUAGUGAGAGUAAGAUCAGAUAAUGGUACUGAAUUCAAAAAUGCCUCUUUCUCUAACUAUUUUCAUGAGCUUGGUGUGUCGCAUGAGUUCUCAGCUCCAAUCACUCCACAGCAAAAUGGCAUUGUGGAAAGGAAAAAUAGGGUAUUGCUGGACAUGGCUCGAGUAAUGUUACAUGCUGCAGGUUUGAGCACAAACUUUUGGGCUGAGGCUAUAAGUACUGCUUGUUAUACAAUAAACAGAGUAUUUUUCAGACCAGGUACUGAUCAAACAGCUUAUGAGCUUUGGAAAGGUAAAAAGCCAAAUGUUGGACACUUUCAUAUUUUUGGCAGUCCUUGCUACAUCUUACGAGAUAGUGAGCACCUUGGUAAAUUUGAUGCUAGAAGUGAUGAUGGUGUGUUCCUGGGAUACUCUCUAAACAGUAGAGCUUAUAGGGUUUACAAUAAACGAACCAGAGUUGUUAUGGAAUCCAUUAAUGUCUCUAUUGAUGAUCAAUGUGUAAAACAGGAAGAAUCAUUUGCAGAUCCAUCACCUUCCUCUAUCACACCACCAAUAGAUGCAGAAGCUUCAACUGAUGAAGAGGAAGAGGAAAUCUCUGACAAUAUUUUUGAACCAGCUCCCAUCCAAAGGAAAGGGUUCAAGCAAGUUCAAAAGGACCACUCCUCUCAAGAUAUCAUCGGAAAUCUGACAGAUGGACCGACAACUAGAAGAAAAGCCACUGCUCAGGUAAGCACUUCUGAGGUAAGUGAAGGGAAUGUGUUGCUAUGUUUUAUUACUGAAAAUCUGCUAAGCAUGAACAUUAUAUCUCAUUUUGGUUUUGUGUCCAUAGUUGAACAAAAAAAUAUUAAGGCAGCUUUAUUGGAUGAUAACUGGAUUAGUGCCAUGCAGGAUGAGCUGAAUCAGUUCACUAGGAAUGAUGUGUGGUACCUGGUACCUCGACCUAGUAAAUGCAAUGUUAUAGGAACCAAGUGGAUUUUCAGAAACAAAAGUGAUGAAAAGGGGAAUGUGAUUAGGAACAAAGCUAGACUAGUUGCUCAGGGAUACUCUCAGGUCGAAGGUCUUGACUUUGACCAGACAUUUGCCCUUGUAGCUAGAUUAGAAUCAGUUAGAUUACUUCUGUCUGUUUCAUGUCAUCUCAGGUUCAAAUUGUUUCAAAUGGAUGUCAAAACUGCUUUUCUGAAUGGGAAUCUUCAGGAAAAAGUUUAUGUGGAACAGCCACCAGGUUUCCAAGAUCCACAUAACUUGGAUCAUGUCUACCGGCUUAAGAAAGCUUUGUAUGGACUAAAGCAGGCUCCCUGA